GUGCGGUUCCUCCUCCUCCUCCGCGCGCUCCUCUCUGCCUCCUCCCGUGGAGCUGAUAACUUCACAGCUGAACUCGCAGCCGGUGAGGAUCGCGCGCGGACACGGAGGUCGCUCGCAUUCCCGCUUCCGCUCAGCAUCCGCGGCUCCUCACCUGACGCGUCCGUUGCCUUCCCGGCCAGCGUGUCGGCGGGGAGCGCCCGGGAGGAGGAGCGGGGCAGAACCCCAAGGACGGGAACACCUGAGCGGGUCAGCAUGGAGGGCUGCCGGAAAGUUGCGCUGCUCUCAGUGCUGUGUCUGUGGGAACUGUCAGGACUUUGGGCCCUGACCAACGUUGACGUGGUGAGGGGGGGGCAGGUGGAGCUGAAGGCCUUGUCAACCACCAACAUCGCUCAGAGCGGCAGCACUGUCAUCUGGAACCAUUUUUCUGACAAAUUUGAAUUGGUCAUCUCCUACAACAAAGGCUCUACAACUUUCGGCAGCCCGUUCAAGGGCCGCGUUGGUUUUGUCAACCAGAUGCCGUCACAGGACGUGUCGUUGUUGAUCAACAAAACCCAGGAGUCGGACUCGGGGCGCUACGUCUGCCAGGUCAUAGCGUCUGAGACCGGGACAGAAUCCUCCGUCACAGAAUUCAUUCUAAAUGUGAAGGUUCCUCCGUCUCCUCCUAACUGCUCGGUGAUAGGGACGCCUGUCCUGAAAGGAAAUGUGACUCUGAGCUGCGUGUCCAGUGAGGGGAAACCGACCCCUUUGUACCACUGGAAGAAAACCAAACCCAAAACUGAGAUCUUCUUCCCACCAAUGCAAAACUCUGAGGCCGGAACUCUGAAGCUCACCAACCUCAGCGACAACAUGACGGGACUCUAUGUCUGCACAGCCAACAACACAGUGGGGUCGGCGAACUGCUCCAUCAACCUGGAGAUCAUCAGGACCAAUAAAGUGGGAGUGAUUGUCGGAGCAACAGUGGGCUCAGUGCUAGGCUUCAUCUUCCUCAUCUUCCUCUGCGUUGGCUUCCUGGUUGUUUUCAGGAAGCGGAGCUACAAUGAAGACGACAUGGCCAAUGAAAUCAAAGAGGAUGCUCAGGCUCCAAAGCGCGUCUCCUGGGCAAAGAGUGGCAUGGGCUCGGAUGUCAUAUCCAAGAAUGGUACUCUGUCCUCCAUCGCGUCCAGCCCCCACCACAGAGGGUACUCUCGCCACCACGACAGUCAUCACCAGCAGCCCAGGCAUCCGGCGUCAGACACCGCCUCCAUCAUCACCGCCACAGGCAGCACAGGCGGCUACAGACCGUCUCGCCACCAGGGGGCCUCCACUCCCACCCACUACAACUACAACAACAGCUCCACCCUGCAGCGCGGCCCGCCGGCCGCCUCCCCCGAGCCCGUCACCAACGGGAGCUCCGUGCAGGAGCGCUACGGCCAGCUGCCCCAGGCCCAGAUGCUGCCGCAGACCUACGGCCACCCUCAGGCGCAGCCCGUUCCCUCGCCACCGCCGCUGCCCACCUCCACCAUCACUGCCUCCCACAUCAGCCGCAUGGGAGGGGUGCCCAUUAUGGUGCCUGCUCAAAACCAAGCAGGCUCGCUAGUGUAACCGAGCAGCUGUAUCUGGAAUUUCCUGAGGAAAACAUUCGGUUCAGUUCAUAAGUGACGUAACGGAGCAUCAAAGAAAAGAGGCUGCCUAUGUUUCAGAUGCAUUGAAGAAUAUAAUGUUUACUGUCUUUAAAUACCCAACAUUCUCACACUCUUCUUUAUUUUAUAUAGACAUGUAUUUUUCCAAUAACCUUUUUUCCAUAUUAUAAAUUAACUUCUUUAUUUGUUUCAUAUUAUGGUAAAAACAUCACUUUUUCAUUCUCUCUGUUGCUUCAUUUUGAAGGUGUAACAAUUAUUCGAUGAAUUUAUUUCUAUUCCUACAAUCCAGAUCAAGUUGGUAAUCAGAUUGAUUUCAAUGACUAAAAAAUCCUUUUAAAAUGGGAUAAAACGAUUUUCGAUUUUUUGUAAAAAUCGAUUGGAUUGAGACAUGGUAGGUUUAUUUCAUUAAAAAUGACGAAGAUGAACAAAAAACUGAUCAACCAUAAUUCCGGUCCAGUGUGUGGAAACACUUUGAAUAUAUCAAAGAUUAUUUUGGAAAAAGAUCAAUGGACUGAACUUUAUGAAACUAAAAUGUGAAUGGAUUUGACAUAAAUUCUUGUCUGUUCACAUAUUAGAUUUACACUUGAUUAUCUUGAAGAAAUACAAGAAUCUGGAAAACUUCACCUGCACAGUUCAGUACCAGGAAUUUAUCUCUGAGUCACACUGGUGGAUGUUUGGGAUAAAGAAGUCCUGGAUUCAUUGUGGGUCAGAGAAUUGGAUUAGAUCGGCAAACACAAAUUAUAAUAUGAAUCUAAUUUUUGUUCAAAUGAAUUGUUACACCCCUAUUUACAGGUUGAAAAAAGCAAACAAUGCGUGUCUGCUGUCUCAUGUCUGUUUCUCCUCGCUCUGGUUUUUUUCUGUAAAGCAACUAAAAGCAGAAGUUAAGAUCAUCAAGGCAACACAAGAGUCUGGAUGAUAACGCAGAUAUUACUAUGGCAGAAGUCUAACAGGAAAAGAAAAACAAAAGGCAGGAUUGAUUGUUUUGGUACCUCCAAACAUCAUAAUUCUUUAUAGAAUACUUUUUAUACUAAAAAAAAGCACAAAGUACAAAAAAAAAAAAAAAAAAAAUUCUUUAACACUUUUACUUAUCCAAUCCA